GUCUGCUUUCCCAUAUACUGAGCAGAGUGAUUACUUCUGUGCAAGUACUCAGAAACUGUCCUGUUGCUCUUUUAUGGUAACUGAAAAGGUAACUUUUUUCCACAAUGAAGAAAGCUGUGCUGUUUGGCUUGUGGGGCUGUGUUGUAACUCCUCACCCUCUCCAGCCUUUACACAAAUUUAAAGCAUGUUCAAACUCUAAGAGGGAUUUCAUAUCAAACUCGAGUGACAAAGAAGGCAGUGAGAAUGCUCUUGUUCGUGCUGAACGAGGGAUAGUUACCCUUUCUCAGAUGUUUGCAGAGCUGGACUCUGAGUGUGAAAAAGAGGCAGUCAGUGAGAACCUGACAGCCCAAAAACUCUAUGAUGAGAUAACAAAGGUGGAGAUUAAUAAAAAUAUCCUUAAUAUUGCUGCCACACUCCAGAGAAAUGGAAUAAAAACUGGUGUUGUGACCAAUAUCUGGGUUGAUGACUCUCCUCAGAGGGACAGUGUUGCUAAGAUUCUCUCAGUGCUGGAAAGCUGUUUUGAUGUGGUAGUACGCUCUUGCCACACUGGGUCAAGACUUCCUGAACAUGAGAUAUUCCACACUGCCUUGGAUACAUUGAAUGUUAAACCUAACCAGGCUAUCUGGAUGGACAUUUGUGAGGAAAAUGUUCAGGCAGCUGAAAGUUUGGGAAUGACAGCUAUUAAGAAUCCUGAUAUCAGUGCAGCACUGGUGGAAAUAGAGAACUUAACAGGGAUAAAGGUUACCAGUGAACAACAGCCUCCCUGCUGUAAUCCUGAAGCGGUCACCCAUGGAUAUGUCACUAUUAAGCCUGGGCUGAAGAGUCAUUUUGUGGAGAUGGGGGAUGGUCCUCCAGUCCUGCUGUUCCAUGGAUUCCCAGAAAGCUGGUUUUCCUGGAGAUAUCAGAUUCCUGCCAUGGCUAAUGCUGGUUUCAGGGCUAUUGCUAUAGACCUAAAAGGUUUUGGUGACUCGACUGCUCCAGCAGAUAUUGAGGAGUAUUCUCAAGAAAAUAUUUUACAGGAACUGGUGACCUUUCUGGAUAAAAUGGGCCUUACUCAGGUUACUGUGGUGGGUCAUGACUGGGGUGGUGUGUUUGCAUGGAACAUGGCUCUUUAUUACCCAGAGAGAGUGAGGGCUGUGGCUUCCCUCAACACUCCUCUUUUCCCUGUGGAUCCAAACAAACAUCCAAUGCAGACAAUUAAGUCUAUGCCAGUAUUUGAAUAUCAGAUCUACUUCCAGGAGCCAGGUGUAGCAGAGGCUGAGCUGGAGAAGAAUCUGGAGAGAACUUUCAAACUGCUGUUCACUGCUAGCUAUGAGAAUGAUACACAUCCUCAAGUCGAUUUGACUGGAGUUUGCAAGAGAGGUGGUCUGUUUGUAGGACUGCCAGAAGAAGUUCCAAGAAGUGCUAUUCUGAGUGAGGCAGAGCUGCAGUAUUACGUCCAGCAGUACAGGAAAGGUGGCUUCAGGGGGGCUCUGAAUUUGUAUCGGAACGGAGAGAGGAACUGGCGCUGGAUGUGUUCGAGGCCAAGGGGCAAGAUCCUAAUGCCAGCUUUGAUGGUGACUGCAGGGAAGGACAAGGUGCUUCUGCCCAGUUUUUCCACUGGCAUGGAGAAAAUAAUUCCCAAGUUAUCAAGGGCUCAUAUUGAGAACUGUGGACACUGGACCCAGAUGGAGAGACCUGCUGAGACCAACAAAAUUCUGAUCUCCUGGCUGAAAGAAAUACACCAGGAAAACUCAAUUCCUUUCUUUCCAAAGCUAUAACGUUGUUACAAUAUCAUUGCUUAAGACUGAAAGCUUAGAGGCUAGAUACCUACAACUGGGAAUUGUUUUUAAUGCUUUUUACUAUAUCACACCUUGCAAACCUUUAUUUUUUUAAAUCUUUAUACAAGACAAAACAAUAAAUGACUGUAUGUUUGUAAUAAACAGCAUCUUCAAAUGUGUGUAUAACCAGCUAUUCAAGGAGAUGCACAUAUUGCUUUCCUGAUAAACCCAAAAGUAUUAGUCCUGCUCCAGCUUUACAUCAAAUCCAGCAAUCAUUUAAAGCUUUCACUAUUAUCAGGACUGGAAAUGAGACAAUGGCUGUCAUUUCCUUAGGCGUAGCUUUGAUUAGACAGUCAUGGAAACCAGCCUCUAAGAACACAGUGCAGGUCUCUUGUUAAGGGAUGUUGAUUAGUGUGACCUGAGCCUGGCCUUUUUAAUCAAGUGAGGAGAAUUAAAAAAGGGCCAAAGGUAGCACUAGUCUCUCUAGAAAAAUAAAAACACAUCAAAGGAAAUGGCUUGUGGUUGAAGAUUUACUUAAUUUUAGUGCAUUCAUGGUUACUUUUAAUAAUGCUACUGACUCAGGAAACAAUGCUGAAUUCAAAUGUAUGUACUUUCCUCACUUACAGUUAUUUUGUAUAAUAAGAAAAAUAUGGCCAUUGUAUCAUUUAUGUUUUUGUACUUUGAAUACAUUUCGAUUUAGGAUUAGGUUUGGAUAUGAGAUGAUAGAACAUAAUUUCACCUUCAUUUUUUCAUAAUUUCAUUUUCUGAUAUUUACAUCUUAUGGUGUUAAACAAAUUAGAUCAUAGCACCUUUUGUUGGAACCCACCCAUUAUUCAUAUGAUCAAAAAUGUUGCCCAGGUGUAUCCUGUUAAACUGAUUAAACAGUUAAUAGCUCUGAAUGUUUGCUUAUGGUUUGAGUCUUGGGUUUUGUCUGUGAAAACUACAUUUCUUAAAAAGGAAAAAUCAGCAUGAAUACCAGAGAACUAGCCAUUUCAAAGCUGUGUGUGUGUGUGUGUGUGUGUGUGUGUGUGUGUGUGUGUGUGUUUUUGUGUGAAUGCUUCCCUGCAAUAGUUUGUUGUCCCAUUCAAGAUGAAUGCUCUACAACUAAAUGUUAAACACACACCUGCUAAUAAACUGAUCAUUUAUUGUAUGAUUUAGCAAAUACAAUUAUCAGAGAUGACGUUUGAGAAUUUGAAAGCAAUCCCUCAUGUUGGAUCCAGGGUCCUUGACCAGGAGAAGUGGCUACUAAAAAUGAAUAAAUAAAUAAAUAAAUAAAUAAAUAAAUACGUCCUGUGUUUUCACAACAGCAUACACAUAGUCUGAAAUGAUUUGGACCCAGUAUAACUUGGUCCAAAAGAAAUCUAUGUAAGGACAACCCUACAGCUUCCACACAGAGGUGUCUGAUGCUUAGUUUCUCAUUCUGCUAAGGAUGAAUAAAACGAUAUCAUCAAUA